AAUAUAUAACGAGAUGCCGAUAUAGUCGGGUGGUUGCCGGAGCCCGUGUUCUUCCGAGUGCCAACGAGUAGUUGUACAUGAUACAGAACGACUCCGGAUCAUGGUGUCGAUCAACGGUGACUUACCGCAGCAGCAACAGCAGAACCAAAGGCUCAACAAUAACGAUGACGAUCGGGAGUACGAUAAUCGGCAGCAACAGGAGCAGCAGGAGCUGCAACCGGAGAUGCAAAGGGUGCCUUACCGACUACACAAGCAGACAGUAAAUGGCAACUUCGCGACGCUGGGCAGCGACUGUCCGCUGCUGCGCGACUACCUCGCCACGAAAGAUGGGCCCGGCUGGACCGCGAUGAAAGUCAUCGUGGCGUUCGUGCGAGGCUUCUCACAGUGCGUAUUCGCCAACAAUCCCAUAAGCGGAGUGAUUCUAAUGGGAUCGGUGAUAUCGGUGGCACCGGCCACCUUCGCAGUCUGCUCGGCGGCUGGUUUCCUCGGACACCUGAUAUCCAUAUUGUUGAGAGAGCCGAAAGUCAAUCUGGACAACGGCCUGGCCGUGUUCAAUCCGCUGAUCUUCGGCUCGGUCUCGUACACCUUCGUUCCUCUAGUCUACUCGCCGGGAUUCGACGGCUUCAGCAUAAGUCUGGCUCUGCUCUGCGUCGUCUUUAUCGCGUAUUUUUGGCGAGGCUGCGGUCACGGCAGCUACCCCUGCCUCACGAUGCCCUUCAAUCUGGCCGAGCUGCUGCUUCUCUUCGUACUCAAGAACGCCCAGGACCGCAUUAAUCUGGCUUCAGCCGCUGCAGCAUUGGUGAACGAUGCAGCCAACGGGACGACGGAGCAACUGGCCAUUGUCGAGAACGUGACGACACUCGUCAUGAACGCCGCGACGAGUCCUGACUGGGGCAUGGUGUUCCGGGGCUCGAUUGUCUCGGCCUCGCAGCUGUUCGUGGUGGACAACGUCGCGCUCGGCGCCAUCAUCUAUCUCAGCGUGCUCAUCUACUCGCCGUUCACCUGCCUCUUCGGCUAUCUCGGCGCACUCGGUGGCAGUCUAGUCGGAAUCCAGAUGGGCGCGCCCCUGGACACGGUCUAUCGCGGCCUGUGGGGCUUCAAUUCCUACCUCACGGCGGCCAGUCUCGGCGGCAGCUUUCUCGUCGUCAACGGUCAAGUGGCCUGCGCCACCGUAGUCUCCGUCCUCUGCACCGGCGUCAUCCAGCACGUGAUGCAGAUUAUCUUCGCUCCGGUCGGACUUCCCGUGGGAACGAUACCCUUCGUGCUGACCACUUGGCUCUUCAUCGGCCUCGGCAGAUCGCCCGAGGGCACUUUUCCCUAUCCCGUGACGAUGUCGUCGCCCGAAGGCCAGAGAAUCGAGUAUCUCGCCAAGCGCAGACGUGAGAAGCUCGAGAAGCUGAGCCAGAUGGACGAUCCUCCGGAAAUUCUCGUGCUCAAUGGCAAAGCCACCCUGAUGUGAUGACGAUGACGAUGAUGUUUUAAAAAACAAUGCCAUGAACAAUACUACCUAUAGGAGGAUUAUUAUUUUUUUCAACUAGGAAACACAGCAACAAAACCUUGUGCUCAUGAUUUUAAUCAAUAGAUAAAUAAUUAUAAGUACAAAAUACAAUACCGAUACUCAUGGGUCGAUAUUUAUAUAUGCGACGCGCCAAAAAAACAUUCCAAAAACGAAAGAACGAACGAGUAUCCGCAAGACUGAUUUUUUCCGGAAACUAUUAAUCAUUAUAAUGAUACGAUACAUAAUUGUAAGCAUUCGCGUGACACGAUCCUGGUAGAAAUUCUCAACGUUAUAUAGCAAUGGCCUGUAAUGACCAAAAAAUUAAAAUCUAAUGGUUUUCAACCACAUUGAAUACGAGAAUACCGCUUUGAGAUACCACCGCUAGAUGACUAGCGCCGUAGACUGCAAAUCUGCAAGUGGUAAAAUGAAAAUAAUUGUAUAAGUCAAAGCCCAGUUUUAGAUAUUUUGAAAUUUUUCAUUGCAUUAGUGUCCAAGCGUUAUGUAUACGAAAAUUACCCGAGUCGUUCCAAGUUAAGUUAUUUUUCUUAAUUAAUCGAGUUAAGUUUAAAAAAAUAAAUGUUGUACGAGCUUUAAA